GAAGUGACACCUACUAAAGAAGACGAGGCAAGGGAGUAUUGUUUGUAUGUCUGAUCGAUUACGGUUUUCGCUUUAGGACGUGCGUUGUCGUGAGGCAGAGUUGGCUCUGGAAAAAGAGAAUAACUUGAAGAAGGACGAGGCUAUUCAGGUGACACUGGGCAAAACCGACGGUAGAGACAGCGACAGUGGUCUCAUCUCGGAGGAGGAGACGAGUGGCAGUGGACUACGCGAAGGAGGCUUGCAGUCUGUUUCAGAGAAUUCGGCAACGGCUUAUGGAGACAUGAAAGACUUCAAGGCGAAGUUUAUUAAGUUCAAUAUUUGUAAUGGAAAGUUGUUCCAAAGGCUAAAAUCUUCUGCUCAGCUUCUUGAGGUUGUCGCGAUGAAGCUAGCGGAUAGUGAAGCGGCCCAAAAUAUGGUACAGAAUCUAUCGGUACUGCGUGAUGACCUGUCGAAGACACUUAAUUGCACAACUGAAAUUAUCUCUGAAAUCAGCGAGUCGAUGAUGGUUGAUGAAGACGCUAUGGGCAAGAACAUGCUCAAUAAGGUUGCAAAGACACUCGCUGCGAAAUCAUUGGACGUUGGAGACUGUGCCUCUCAAAGCUUGAAGGAUAAUUUGCAAAGAAUGAAGCUCAAACUAGAAGUCAAAGAAGCAACAUUAAAGGAAAAGGAGAAGUUUGAUCACUGGCUGCUGUUACGCAUUUUUUACUCUCGCCAUAUUUCGUUUUAG